GCGGGGGUGGGCAGGGGCAGGAUGCCCUUGGGGCUGCUGGCCAGGAAGAAAGGGCGGGCCAAGGACCGGGCCCGGCUGGUGGGGUCGGGGCCGGGGUCGGGGCCGGGGUCAGGGCCGGGGUCAGGACCGGGGUCAGGACCGGGGUCAGGACCGGGGUCAGGACCGGGGUCAGGGCCCGGGGCCCCUCCGGGCCCGGGGCAGCGGCCGCUGGUGUUCCACGGGCAGCUGGCCCACGGCAGCGCCACCGCCCGCCUCCACCCCUUCGACAACAUCCAGCAGCUCUACUGCAGCAUCGCCCAAGCCUUCCACAUCGACCCCUCCCAGAUCUUGUUUUGCACUUUAAAUACUCCCAAAAUUAAUAUGGAAAAACUAUUGGGAAGUCAGAUUGGUCUUGAAGAUUUCAUAUUUGCCCAUGUGAAAGGAAUAAAGAAAGAAGUGAGCAUUUAUAAAAGUGAAGAUUCACUUGGUUUCACCAUUACAGACAAUGGAGUUGGCCGUGCUUUCAUAAAGAGAAUUAAAGAGGGUAGCCUUGUUGAUGCUGCCAAAACAAUCUGUGAGGGGGAUCAUAUAGAAUUGAUUAAUGGAAAAAAUAUCGUGGGGCUUCGGCAUUUUGAAGUUGCCAAGAUGUUAAAGGAAUUGGAAAAGGAUCAGACGUUUACCCUGACGUUGAUAGAACCUAAGAAGGCAUUUGAAAUAGAACCAAGAGCAGUGGAUGGAAAUUCUUCAGGAGGAAAAAUCUCUAGAGGAAGGGGAACUCUUCGCCUGAGAUCUAAAGGACCUGCCACAGUGGAAGAACUGCCCUCUGAAACUGAAGAAAAAGCAAUUAAAAAACUAGAUGAUCUUCUUGAACUCUACAUGGGGAUCAGAGAUAUUGAACUAGCUGCUACAAUGUUUGAAGCUGGAAAAGACAAAAAAAAUCCAGAUGAGUUUGCAGUAGCACUUGAUGAAGUUGUUGGGGACUUCGCAUUCCCUGAUGAAUUUGUCUUUGAUGUGUGGGGAGCGAUAGGGGAUGCCAAGCAAGGACGAUUGCAGUGAUGAAUGGCAGCACUAUGGGUAAUGGAUGUUGGAGGAAACACCUUCUUUUGUUUUUCAGUUUAUGGAGUCAGAUUUUAAUCAUCAUUAGGUCUGAACUCUGGUUUGCUUUUGAUAAUGUGCAAAAAACUUUCCCAUUGAAAAUGUGCCCCUCAGUUAUUCUGGGAAAAUUUUCUGAAGACCUUGUUUAGGUUGCAUAGUGGAGCUGAAAAUCACCAAGCACAAAACUCUUCAAAAAAGUCGUUGAUUGUCAUAAACAUUAGGGAGCAUUUUAGGCAGAUUAGCUCAUAACUGAUGGGAAGUCUAGCCCAUAUUUUUCACAACUUUGUGAAUGAUACAUUUUGACUAUUAGUUUAUACUUGUUUAGCACUUUUUUAUUGCUUGCAAAAACUGCUUCUUGUGUGAUUGGGUAAUCUGGGAAUUUGUGAAGAUUGCAGCUUCAAAUUAAUUAUCUUGGUGUUUGAAUGGGCAGAGAGGAGAGCCCUCUCAUUUUAUAGAGGAUUUAUUUCAAAAUGUCUACGUUCAGUUCCCUGCCUUCUCAUAGUAGCCACAUUUCUCUGACAGUUGAUUAAUAAAACUUUUCCAACAGUUUACUCUUUGCAUUGAAGAGCGUAGGUCUGGGAGUCUGAGGGCCUGGGUUCUAAUCCUGACUCUGCCACUUUCCUGCUAUAUGACCUUGGGCAAGUC